ACUUAGGCCAGACAAAACACUCACAUUCAGGUGCCUGGGAGCAGGUGACCGAGUCAUGCCCGUGUAGCUAUGGACGCCCACGGGAGUUUACCUGGGGAGGAGGUGGUGCUGCUAACCUGCAGGGUACCCCAUACCCUACGCGGGCGGUGCUGGUGGUGGGUGGGGGGGCGGGUGUUCGUGGUCGCCACCCACAGCGGGGUGUGUACAGGGCUCUCUCUGGCGUCACCUUCCAGGACUUGGAUAUCUACCUGCGUCAGGAGUCGUCGUGUAACGAGACGCUGCUGGUGACGGAGGAGGACGAGGGACUGGACUCUCUGGAGAGCCACGCUCAUACCCUCACGCCCUCGCCUGACCCCGCCCAGCGUGGGAUGGGCGUCGGCGACCAGGCUGGUCAUGCAGAGGGCGGGUACUUCAGCCUGGAAAGAUGCCUGAGUGAUGAAGACGCAGCUCACUUACAAGACUCGCUGGAAAAUUUAAGACAUCGACCCCCACCCCCGCCCGUAGUACCGCACCACCACCCACACCCGCCCACAGUACAACACCACCACCCACUGCCGCCCAACUACUCACACCCAUAUACUUCCUAUCAACACCAUAAGGUGCCAGACCAAGGCUAUAGACCCAUGGCCACCUAUGUUAACCCAGGCUUCCAGCAGCAACAUACCUACGUGGCCCCUCAUCAGUGUUGUGAGUACCCAGCAGGAGACCAGGACUAUCUCGCCGUGGGCAGGAACUAUCCAACCAGCUGUAGUCAGUAUCCAUCCAAAGAAGACUAUUCGCAUAGCGUUGUAUAUCCACAAAGAGAUAAUUAUCAUGCAGUGGAGGAUACAAUGUGUAGGAUUGUCUACGAUCGUCAGGUAAGAGACGUUUAUCCUGCACAUGCAUCCUACCCACCUAGGGAAACUUACCCUCAGAAAACAGGGUAUUUGUACCCCGAGUACCCACACAGGGGCCACCCGUCAUGCAUAGCUCAAGAGACCGCAGAGAAAGAGGAAGAAGCCGCACGAAAAGCAAGUGUCCUCAGUGCUGAUUCCUUGGAGGAUCUUCCUCUGAGUCCGAUCUCUCCGGUCUCCCCUCCGCCGCCGGUCGAAGGCCGCAGGAUCUGUUGUUACAAAGACUCUUUGGAGGACGUGCGGCCGCGCCUUGUGAGUGAACUCAGGCAAUUCUUCGAGCGCCGGAAGUCCACUACAAGCAACAGCAGCCCAGAAUCUGAGAGCCUCCAGGAAAGUAGAGCAGAAGAGGAGGAGGAGGAAACUAAAGACUCAGAUGAUCAACAGAAGAAAGAUUGUAAGGAAGUUCAAGUGGACCUCGGUAGCUCUGUCAACACCGACAAGAACACUUCUGAAAGUAGCGGUACAACAGAUGAACCAAGUUCUGCUGAGGAAGACGAGGUUGCAUCAGCACAGGAAUCCUCUUCGGAAGACCCAACGAAAGGUUUAUAUGAGGAAGAGAGUGAUGCUACGUCACCUGUGGUCAAACCUGGUGUGGGAGACGUGGCCUUCCUGAGGGCCACUAUAGACACUCCUCAGGCGCUUCUGACUUCAACCAGACUUGUGCAGGCUACUCUUAAACCUGCCGCCAAGGCAACCACUUUCUUUAUUAGUUUAGGGAGCAAGUUCAAAGUUCCAGACUUCGAAACUUCAAAGUUAGAGUCAAAAGAAAACAAAAUGGUAGUAAAAACCGAGAUCAAAGAAACCUCGCCAUGUUCUUCGAGUGAUAAAGAUUCAAACGAGACCACAGAAGAAGAAAUAUUAUAUUACACAGACUCCAGUGACCCGGCAGACUACCAGGAGUCACGGUUAAUUCUUCGUCACUUCGUCUCCAAUUGGGAGAGCGAAUCACCUCCUCCCGACAACGAUUCUGACAUUGACGAAUUCUUCUUGGUGCUCGAUUCCACAGGCGGAAGGGGUAACUUUUCCUUCCCAUCGGGAAGUUCUUCAAUGAUAUCUUCACUGGGCAGUUCUUUGUCCGACCAAAAGUCUGAUACUAACCAUUCCAACGACCAAGACUCUUACGACGAUGGGAACUUGGCCGACAUUGGCGAGCCAGAUACUACGUCUAGCUCAGGACUGAGUCCGGUUCUGGAAUCUACUACUGACGAGAGUUCGCCGCAGACGCCAGACGUGUUAGACCCACCUGAGGAGAAGGAUAGCUUCUUGGACACUCCUCCCCACAAAGUUAUUGUGAAGCCUUUUUUAGGAUUAGGUAAGGGCAGUGCUCGCGAGUCUCACGCGAGUGCUGUCCUGAGUAAUCAGUACUCACAUCUGCGUUCCCAGACGCGACUCUUGUCCACUAAGGAGGAGCCUCGCGCCAGGUACACACCUGAGACCAUCACUUCCACCAUCAUCUGUGGCAGUGAUGACCACCGCUGUCGUCUUAGUCACGGCAUCAACAAUAUUAACUCAUUACUCACCCCAGAAGUUACUAACCUGCCUGCAGCAGCUGCUUGUAACUUAGUGUGGGUGUCCUCUCCGUCCAGUGAGAAUGAGGCGUCCAGUGAGACCCUCCACUGUCCAGAUGAUGUCACAUCAGUAAGCUCCAGGGACACUUUGUGCUCCCAUGACAUGAGUGUCAGCGUAGCUUCCGAUAUGAGUGUGUCAGGGGUAGUCAUCAAGCAAAAUGAUGAUGUGGGGCAGAUAUCGGGCGUGAGUGCGGCUGAGUGUAUUCAGCGAGGCAGUUCACACCCGUUGGGCAAUUACGCAAAUCCACAGUAUAAAUGUGAAAAUGAGGUCGCAGGUGUCAGUCGGUGGAGUAGUGUCGGUGGAGCCACAACCUCUGCUGCUGACCCAAGUUUGGCUGCCCUCACCCCAGCUCUCUCCACUUUCGAUUUCACUUCCGAGGCCCAACUUAGCCCUGACCUUGAAGCACUGGCCACUCUGAUAGCUGAGCGCAUUAUGAAUGGCACCUUGCCAGUGACCACUGUCGGUGAGAGUGACUCAGGAGGACACGGAACUUUGCAGAUCAGCAGUGCCAGCCAGAGUGUCUUCGAAGGACAUGGCAUCAUUCCCAAGAGCAGUGAGAGCGGCUUUGGUGGUGCCCACACUGUUGUUAGCAACCGUGGCAUGACUAGGUCAGUUGGUAUCAGUGGCAGCCACAGCUCUGACCAGCCGCCCCGUCACUUACAGACUCACCCUUGUACAACCACCGCUUACACUUGUGCUGCUGCUGCAAGUACUAGUGAAAGUGAAUCCACCGCCGCUUCCACCACCAGUAUGAGCAGUGAAGUGUCCGAGAGCAGUAGGAACAGGCGAGGAGAGGCAGUGUGUCGCACCGCUGUAGGUAAGAGUGCCCUUAACACGUGCCAGGAAAACGAUAACAUGAAUAAUCUUACGAGUGAUGUAAACACGUCUGAUAGUUCCAGUUAUGCACACACGUAUCUUGAAAACGAUAUAAGAAAUCUUGCUAGUAAUGUGAAUCCGUGUAGUCUUAUGAAUGUGAAUACGUACAUGGAAAAUGACGCCACAAGAAUGAGUACGCAACGUGAGUACGACACUACGUAUGUUAAUACGAGGGAUGCGAACACGAACCAUGAAUACAACACGCAUGAUCAAACGAGUGAUGUAUUGAGCAGUGACAGGCUGAACCAGUCUGAUAACUGUGAGCAAAAACAACGUGUCUUCUCUGAAACAUCCAAGCACCCUACCAACGCUCAGGAAACACUUGUAAUUGUUAGUGAACACCUGUCUGAUGUAUCACGUCAUCCCUCCACUACUGAACACCUGUCUGAUGUAUCACGUCAUCCCUCCACUACUGAACACCUGUCUGAUGUAUCACGUCAGUCCUCCACUACUGAACACCUGUCUGAUGUGUCACGUCAGCUCUCCACUACUGAACAACCGUAUGAUUUAUCACGUCAGUCCUCGACUACAUCUGAACACACGUCUGAUGUGUCACGUCAAUCCUCAACUACGUCUGAACACACGUCUGAUGUGUCACAUCAAUCUUCCACUACGUCUGAACACAUGACUGAUGCAUCAGGUCACACCACUAUGACUGAACAUGCGUCUGAUGUAUCACCUCAGACCUCCACUACGUCUGAUGUAUCACGUCAGACCUCAACCACGUCUGAACAUUCGUCUGAUGUAUCACGUCAGACCUCAACCACGUCUGAACAUUCGUCUGAUGUAUCACGUCAGACCUCCACCACGUCUGACGUAUCACGUCAGACCUCAAGCACGUCUGAACAUUCGUCUGAUGUAUCAUGUCAGACCUCCACUACGUCUGAUAUAUCACGUCAGACGUCCACCACGUCUGAACAUUCGUCUGAUGUAUCACGUCAGACCUCCAUUACGUCUGAUGUGUCACGUCAGACCUCCAACAUGUCUGAACAUUCGUCUGAUGUAUCACGUCAGACCUCCACUACGUCUGAUGUAUCACGUCAGACCUCCAGCGCAUCUGAACAUUCGUCUGGUUUGUCACGUCAGUCGUCGACUACUUCUGAACACCACUCUGAUGUUUCACGUCAGUCCUCCAUUACUGAAAACAUGUCUGAUAUUUCACGCCAGUCCUCCACUACAUCUGAACAUCCGUCUGAUAUAUCACAUCAGUCCUCCGGUAUCGGUUAUGACUUGGGAGAUAAGACCAGAUCUGUCUAUAGCACCGAGAAAGAAGAUUUUUUGCGAUCUGGCCAGCGCGAGGCUCCCAGACCCGUGUUCCCCAGAAAAAGCUCCGCCUGCGAACACUUCAGGGGUCGCAAAACCUCCUGCUGUUCGACAGUUACAACUCCUGAUAAUACCGAUGUAUCCCCAGGUGAGGUUUACGACAGGAGGCUUUCGACGUCCUCAGGUAUAUCGUCUCUGUCAGAAAACAGUGCAAGGAAGUUUUCCUCUUCCUCAGCGUCUUCGUGUGUGUCAGAUGACUGGGAGUGGUUCCCCGGUCGAAGGAAAAGUCUUAAGGUUCAGUCAGGUCUUCCAGAGCACAAGACUGUCAUUUCCUCCUCCACGGACUUUGGGGAAGGGUGCGAACUGCGCAGACUGUCCAGCUCUAGCGCUGCCUCCAUGCAGAGUUCGGGCAUAGGUUCCAUGUCUGGCACCUCGUCCGAGUCAAAUGCGAGUGAUGGACGAAAGUUUUCAGUUAAUUCAGGGGUUUCCUGUCUUUCCAAAAUUAAGGAGGAAACUAAAUCCGUCACCGACGUGGGCUUGAGCAUAUUCGAAUCCUUCGAGGAAAAGCGUCCCUCGAGCGAGUUUGAGCCUUCAGCUAAGGAAAUUUGUCAUAGUAUCACGCUUGACGGAAAGCGUCUUAGUCUUCCCCCUCCGGUGUGGCCCCGGGGGACUAUUCAUGAGGUGGCCAGCACCACUUGCCAGAAUGCUUCCUUCCUUUCAACACCCAGCUUUGAGCCACACCUUGCAAACGAAACCCCAGAAUUUCUUGUGAAGAGAGCAGAAAUACUGAAGACCACGGUGUCGCGGACGGAUUUGAUGCUUGACUUACCUUUGAUCUGUCCCUCCACUUGUCCUCUCAGGAGAAAGGAUUACCAGGGCAAACAUGGCUAUUACCACGCUAACGCAGGCGACGACAGCGCCCAUGAAGAUCACGCUCACGACGAUCUGAGCCACGACAUUAUCGCCAGCGACGAUCUAAUCCACGACGAUUGUUCCCGCAACGCUCAAGUCAGUAACAUUUCCAGCAACGUCGACGCUAAGGAAAGAAGGAAAUCUUUAAACUUUGUGCCCAGACUCCUGAAACCAAAACCCAAAGCAUCUCGCCUGAGAAGAUUAACUCUACACACGUUUGAAAACAUUGCCGAGCAGUGGAGGCAGCAGGCUGGACCUAACACAGUUGAUGAGUUGUGUAGCAAAACUGAAUCUUUUUCUAACUUAGUCAGAACAGAGUCUCCUUCACAGGACCUGAGCUGUGAAAUAGAAUUCAGACGCAACCUAGUACGCGACCUUGAAAAGCUAGAAGCAGAAAUAGAGGCCGAAGUGCAAGCUUUGGGGUCAGAGUGUACACAGACUAAAGAUGAUGAGGACUCCGUCUCCAUAAUAGUGGUGUUUGAUAGUAAUGAGACAGUAGCAUCGGCAGGUAGCAUGCCUCGCAGCGGCUCUGGCAACUCUGGUAAGGACGACGACGUCUCUAUUGAUUCAGACACCGAGGUUAUACACGCUCCCAAGGAGACCCUGCCAUCAAACUUACUUCAUUGUGAUAGACUCUGUUCCAGUGCUGACGACGAGCGAGCAGAUAGAUAUGAGUAUCCCAAGCAAGACACUGAAGAAAGUCCAAAUAAGAGUAAGCGGGAAAUCGUAUGUGAGACUGAUGUAUUCACUCUGCUGUCGGAUUCAAAGUCUCUUCCAGAUUUGCUGGAGACAAACAAGUUCAAGGUUCUGGAAGCUGCUACCCCCAGUGACGCCUCUGUCAAGAGACGAGGAAGCUUCAAGUCAGUCAAGAGUACAGAAACCAUAGUCAGCGUGGAGGAGAUUGUUCCUUGCAGCAACUACGAGUUUAGUGAAGUGACUUUCCCAGCCAUGGUGGGCUUCGAUGAGCUGGAGGAACAGGAGGUUAUUGAAAACUUCUCGGACGAAGACCUCGUCUCAGAUGCCGACUUCGAAGCCUUCUCAGAGACUGAGCACGACACAGACAUGGACAACCUCAACCUAGAGUUAUUUGAACCAAGUGUUACAGAUGACAAAGUCGACGGGAAGAUGUUGUCAAAAAGACAGAGAAAAUUAAGGAAGCUGAGAAGGAAAUUCAGCUUCAGUGCGACUGAAAAACAAUCUAAAGACAUCAAGGAUACAAUAACCACGUCUCUCAAGCGCUUCAAGAACGCAAAACACAAGAUAGAGAAGCUGGUCAACAAGACGUUAAGAAGUGACUCGCUAAUAUCCCAGUCCUCGGUGGAGUCCCUUCAUGGAUCCCCGUCCAUCCCAGUGGAGUCCAUCCUGCCAGGGGGCCACUCCUCCGUCACCAGCCAUAAGAAAAACUCCCUGGAACGCAGCGAUUCGUAUUCCUCCAAAACUUCGAUGAGUCGGAACUCUGGGACUCUGGAGUGCACGGACUCCAAGAGUUCAGAUCGUUGUGGGUCUGUAGGGGGCGUUUCUCGCAACACCUCUCAGUCCUCGGACAGUCCUUGGGACAAGGGGGACUCUGGCCACCAGGACGGUCAUGAGUCCAUUUACUCCUGGUCAGAUGCUGAUAGUGACUUCGAGUACGUGGCCGGGGAGCCUCCCAACGCGGCGGCCAUGUACAAGGAAGUGUGCGGAGUGAACACCAGUGAGAAAGUUUGUCCACUCACGCCACUGCCCACUCCCUACGGCCAGCAUCUCCUGAUCCACACUAAAGAUCGGGAGGUCCGUGACUGCCACCGCUCCAGCAAUGCCUUCCGCUCGGACAAGAUGCCGCUGGCCACCUGGGAGCCCUUCUUCUGUGUGCUCCUACAGGAUGAAACUACCUUCACCGCCUACCGUUCAGAGGAGAUGGCUGUGAUCCCAGGCACGCCCAUCCGCCCACGACCCCACAAGCUGAUCGGGGACUCCCUCUUCUACGACCUGCCUCGCAUGCGUCUUGACGGAGGUGCUCGUGCGUUCAGGAGACGCUGGGGGUACGAGCUGACUCCUCCACCCACGCUGGUGGAGGAGGAGGAGGAGAACGACGAGGAUCCAUACUCCAUCCUCCACGACGACGACAACCUCAGCUUCGGCGAGACCAGGUCACUCAGGGACGACUACCUCUUCCACUCUUCUCAAGACACGUCAUAUGAGAAGGCGUGUGGGUCGGACAGGCGUGGGUCGGCCCCUGCCACGCCCAUCCUCGGGGCACGACCCCCAGACUCCACACCCAACCGACUCGUGAACUUCUUCAGCAAGAGGUCAUUUAAGAGUAACCCUCUGAAGAGGACCAAGUCUGUCACAAAGUUAGAGAGGACCAAGCGAGGUGGGCGUGGAGGUGUGGGUGGUUUGUUGGAGCCUGACCCCCUCAGUCUGGGUUCCUCAGCACGGCUGAGAUCUUCACGCUCACACGAGUCCCUCUUAUCUAGUCAUAACAUGAUGAACACACUCGACCUGGCUGCUGGUGAGGUGACCAUCAAACCACUUCAUGCCAGUGUGCUGGGCCAGGAGCAUUGCUUCCAGGUGACUUCCCCAACUGGCACCCGCUACUUUAGUUGCAGAACUGCUGAUGAAAGAGACAGAUGGGUUGACUCCCUCCGCAAAGCUGUCAACCCUAAUUAUGAUAGUAUUCGGAGAACAGAGAAUUCUAUAAAAAUAUUUAUCCUGGAAGCUAAAGGUGUUAGUAAUAAGAAAAGAUACUUUUGUGAGCUGCUUCUAGACACCUCCUUAUAUGCACGUACAUCGAGCAAACAAAAGAUUGACAUGUGCUUCUGGGGAGAGCAGUUUGAGUUCAGCAGUCUGCCUUCUGUCGAGACAAUUAGUGUUGCUCUUUAUAGAGAAGGAGAGAAAAAGAGAAAAAAGGAGAAGAAUAUUUUGGUUGGGACAGUGAAUAUACCAGUAGCCAAUGUGACAAGUCGCUGUCAUAUUGAGAAGUGGUACCAAGUACAAAAUGACAACAGGGCACCAAGUAAAGAUAAUGCAGCACUCAGAAUCAAGUGCAAAUUUCAGUCAAUUGAUAUUCUUCCAGUUGAACUUUAUUCAGAUUUCCUCCAGUAUGUGAAGGCAAACUACAGCUUGAUCUGUGAACUACUGGAACCAGUCAUUAGUGUAAAAGCCAAAGAGGACAUUGCAACAGCAUUAAUUCAUAUCAUGCAGAGAGAGGGAAUAGCAAGAAACUUUUUGGCUGACCUUGUCAUGAUGGAGAUUGAGAGAAUAGAUGAUUCUCAUCUGUUGUUCCGUGGUAAUUCAUUGGCAACAAAAGCCAUGGAGGCAUUCAUGAAACUGGUGGGCACCAAGUACUUGCUUGAUACCCUGAGGCAGGUCAUCAACAAGGUUGUAGAAGCUGGACUUGACUGUGAAGUUGAUCCCAUGAAAGUACCUCAGAUAUCAUCACUUCAAAAGCAACAGGAAAACCUCUUAUCUAUUGUACGGAUGACAUGGUCUCGAAUCCUUAACUCUCAUCCAUUUUUCCCCCUGGAGCUUCGGGACUGUUUCUGCAUGUAUCGGGAGCGUUUAGCCACCAUCGGCAAGCAAAACCUUAGUGAUAACUUGAUAUCAGCAUCCAUUUUUUUAAGAUUUCUGUGUCCUGCAAUCCUUUCACCUUCACUUUUUAAUAUCACACAAGAAUAUCCAGAUGAAAGAACCUCUAGAAAUCUUACUCUUAUUGCCAAAACUCUUCAGACUCUUGCAAACUUUACAAAAUUUCAAGGCAAGGAAAAUUUUAUGGAAUUUAUGAAUGAAUUCAUUGAGUUAGAGCAGGCUCAGAUGAAAUCAUUUUUGAAGCAGAUCUCAAGUCCAGCAACUCAUGACCACAGAGCACUUGAAUAUGACAAAGACAUUGAUAUAGGUAAAGAGUUGUCUUUAUUACAUACCUUCCUCAGUGAAGCUCUUAGAAAGCUGUCAACAUCCACUUCCAAAACCAACAUAAGUGUAUCUCAGCAGCGUUUCCUAGACAAGCUACGUCAAAUACUCGACGAGAUCAGUGUUGCUCAAACUCAACCAAAUAUAAAUAUUGUGCAACGACUCUCAUCUCGCAAUACACCUGAGACGCCAAUUUCAGGUCCAGCACCUACCCCUGAUAAUGGAAGAAUGGAAGAUAGACUUGGCUAUCAGUCUCUUCAGAGAAAUAUUUUCCGUUAUAAUGAUCCUACUGUCAGUGACGAUUAUCGACCAGUUCCUCCUCCACCUGUAAAUCAUCUCCAGCCUCCUCCAGAUACUCCAUCCACUCCACGCCCAUCUACUUUGCCAAGAAAUACAUAUCUGAUGGGCUCAGCUCGCAAGCCAGCCAUUGACCUCAACACAGCCGAUGACUAUGUUCUUUUCUCUGCCUUGGAACAUGAUGGAAAACCCAGAGAGCCUAAUGCUAUUGGUCAUAGCUACAGUUACAGUCACCUUGCCCCUGGCCCAGUUCAAAAUGCAUCUUCUCCAGUUCAUAACCACAGCCAUCACCAUCACUUCCACAAUCAUGCAGCAUGGUUCAAUAAUAGGCAAGUUUUCAAUGGUCACUCACAAAUAAAUGGCCAUGGCCAAGUUCAUCAAAAUGGUCAUACGGUGUCAAAUGGAAAUCCCGAGGAGCCUUUGGACAUUAGCCAUGAGGAAAAUGAUCGAAAUUCGACAGGAGAAACUGAAACAAAUAUGAAGGGCUCACAAACUUCGAUCUCUCAGUUAUCUAAUGUAGCAUCUUCAGGAUAUCAAAGUUUUGCAUACAGUCAAUCCUCUAGUCCAGUGGAUCCAUCAAUAACUCACCAUGAUGCUGCAAAUAACAAUAACAGUAAUAAUAAUGCAGCAGUGAACAGUUGCAGUAGCAGUAACAACAGUGGUGGAAUGCAUGCAUCACCCCAUAUGACCCCACAGCUGGCAGCUCCUUUGGCUUUCAACAACCCCAUGUAUCAUCUCAAUGCUACUACUAGCUCUCCUCGACCUGUUCCACAUCGUGGAAUUCAUCUAACUCACCAUCACCACCACCAUCAUCUUCACCAGAAUGCACAACAGCAGCAAAGCCCAGUGAGCUCUUCACUCAGUUCUGCUCACAGUGUUGAGGACUUGCCAUCUGCCCCAACACUGGCUCCUAGUUUACCUUCAGCACGUGCUCCCCAGCGCACCCAUUCAUCUUCUAGUGAAGAUAGUACAUCGCUAGCAUGCACCCCACCAUUAGAGCAACGGGCAUUCAAAUCUGGUGCACCUAGAACCAAUCCUCGAUGUUUACCUCCUGGAUGGGGUCAGCCAACUAUAGUGCCUGGUGUAACACCUGAUCACCACCAUUCUACAUCAGAUCUGUUGGGAGGGGCACAGUGUCGUAGAACGAAAGUGAGUCGUCGGCAGUCAGCAGAAGUUGGUAGUGGGAGACGACAACGAUACCAGUAUGAUAGUGAUUCUUCAAGUGAUGAGCAGCAGCCGCCCCCUGCUCGCUUGCGUCCAACUCGUGCAAACCACCGGGUGUCGGAGACCAAAACUCUUGAUGAGUAUGAGCAAGAAAUCCUUGCACUUCGUACUGCCAUGGAGGAAAUGCAUCAUAAGUUGGUUGCUGCAGAUGAACACAUACAGGUUCGUUCUGGUGGUCCUGAAGCCUCUUCUGAGGUUGUUUCGUCUGCCCUACCCCAUGAAUCCCAUGCUCUUCACCACUCUGGUAACCUGAGCAGUAGUCCAGUUCAGCCAUCAGCUCACCUCCAACAUAAUAGGCACAACCACAAAAAUCCCCAAUAUCCACAACCUCAACAGAUGAAUGAUUCGGAGGGUCAGGGAACUCAGAUGAGAGAGCUGCUUCAAAAGCUACAAGAACAGUUUCGAAAGGAGCAAAUGAAAAUGACAGAACUGAUGUCAGAAAAAGAUGCAGUAAUACAAGCACAGGAAGACAGGAUCAACGCGCUGGAUCGCACCAAUACACAACUUCUUAUGGCUCUCGAGCAGAUCAGGGAGUUGAAGCUGAGAGAACAAAUAGACUCACAGCUGGGGCCUCAGGAAGUCAGUCAGUUGUCAGACACAAGUGACUACAAGAGUAGCUCCUGUUGAACUUCUGACUAGCAAUCACAUUGUACUGGAACCUUUAUUGAAGGACUCCAUUAACAAUGAACACUCAUUUUUCAUAUCAAAGAAUUUCUUGCAAAUUACUAGUAUUGGCCAUGACAAUUUUUUUUUAAAAAAUAGUGUUCAAUGCUGGUAUACAGAGAAGACAUUUUUGUAUCAGUCCACUGCUGAUACUGAAUAAUGGUGAAUGCUGUACACAUCUCCUGAUGAUAAAUGUUCCCCAUUUUCCUCCAUAUCACAUGCUGCCUAAACUUGUGUAUGCUGUGUGGACUUUUUUUUUUUUUUUUUUUUUAUUGAACCCUGUGCAUCAUCUAGUUUUGUAGAUUAUGUAGUAAAGCUAUAAGCUGGUCAGGUAUUACAUACUGUAUAUUUUGAAUUAUUUUAAUAGUGAUUAAAGUUAUAAUAACUUGUAAAUCUGACUUCAUUCAUCUUCAAUAUAUUUUUGAACGCUAAUAAGCCAAGUCAGAUAUCAUCAAAUACAAAUCAUAAGGCUUUGCAGCAUGUAAUUUUUUUUUAAUACCUGUAAUACAGAAUCAUUACUUUUUAAUUAAAUAGUAUUCCAGAUCUGUAAUUGUGCAGGAGCUGGCUUGUAGUCUAAAGUUUUCCAGGAUACUGUAUUUUGAUGUCAAAGACAAGCAGCCUGGAUAAACUAGUUUCUUGUUAACCAGCUACUCAGGACCUGCAUGAUCCAGGUACUGGUGCAUUUCUUUGGUAUACAUCAGUUACCAAGUCCCAUAGCCAAUGCUGCCUUACUGUUGGUAUUACUAUUGUCAUCACAAAGAAUGGUUUCCAGAAUUACGGUAAUUGUGAAAACUCAAUAUUUAUAUUGAAAAGAACCCCUGAGAAUAACUUUUAAUAGAUUAUAAAUACAUCUGUUUCUAAUUUUGCCAGCUGUGUUUCCUACUUAGAGUUUACUGUAAUUCCAUUCUGUGUGGUUACCCAUAUUUUGCCUUGCUCACUAUUUUCCUGUGCACAAAUAUCAUGCAAGGCUGAUACUGUCAGUUGAUAUAUCAACUUUAGCACCUCAAUUCUUCUCAAUAUUCUUUUUGUUGUCUGGUCUGUACCUUUAUAAUACAGUAUAUAUAAUCAUUGCCUCAUUACAGGAGGCAUUUCUAACCAAAGAUUCACAUUUAUAUGUUUGGAUAUAGAUAUAUAAUUUUUAUUAUUGCUAGCAGUUCAUCUAUGUCACACCAAGGGCUUUAAAUACUGAAAAUAUAUUUUGAGUAAGAAUGGCAAAUCACUGAAGUCAUGGAGCGAGGCAGUAUAUACAAGUUAUAGUAGUAGUUACUGUCUUCAAUACCAUGAAUAUGCAUUAGCCCAUUCCAAAAAAAUUACAUUUUUUUUUCUUGUAUAUGGCAGAUGUACUCUAUUUGUUUCAGAGUGUAUUUAUUUGAUUUAGUAUUUGAGUGGCAGAAUGCUAUUCUGUAAAAUGUAUAUAAUGUAAAUUUUAUAAAUUAUGUACACUGUUUGGUACCUGUUUCAUGAUCCUCGUGCACAUUAUGUUGUCUCAUUUAGACACGACUUAGGUUAUCAUGUAAAUAAAGGUGUGAAAAUAAAUAUAUGUGCUAA